GAGCGGACGGGCAGCGGAGGCAUCAUGCGGGAGAUCGUGCACCUGCAGGCCGGCCAGUGCGGCAACCAGAUCGGGGCCAAGUUCUGGGAAGUCAUCAGUGAUGAACAUGGUAUAGACCCCACCGGCACCUACCACGGAGACAGCGAUCUUCAGUUGGAGAGGAUCAACGUCUAUUACAAUGAGGCCUCAGGUGGCAAGUACGUCCCCAGGGCUGUCUUGGUUGACCUGGAACCCGGCACCAUGGACUCGGUUAGGUCUGGACCGUUUGGGCAAAUAUUCAGGCCUGAUAACUUUGUCUUCGGUCAGAGCGGUGCUGGAAACAACUGGGCCAAAGGACACUACACAGAAGGAGCUGAGCUGGUAGACUCUGUCAUGGACGUGGUAAGGAAAGAAGCGGAAAGCUGUGACUGUCUUCAGGGUUUCCAGCUAACCCACUCACUCGGUGGGGGGACUGGAUCUGGGAUGGGAACUCUGCUGAUCAGCAAGAUCCGAGAGGAGUACCCAGACCGCAUCAUGAACACCUUCAGCGUGGUGCCAUCACCUAAGGUCUCAGACACCGUGGUGGAGCCUUACAACGCCACUCUCUCCGUGCACCAGUUGGUGGAGAAUACGGACGAGACGUAUUGUAUUGACAAUGAGGCACUCUAUGACAUCUGCUUCCGUACCCUCAAGCUCACCACUCCCACCUACGGUGACCUCAACCACUUGGUCUCAGCUACCAUGAGCGGUGUGACUACUUGUCUUCGUUUCCCUGGCCAGCUCAACGCCGACCUCCGCAAACUGGCCGUCAACAUGGUGCCCUUCCCUCGUCUCCACUUCUUCAUGCCUGGCUUUGCCCCCCUCACGAGUCGGGGCAGCCAGCAGUACCGAGCCUUGACCGUGCCAGAGCUCACCCAGCAGAUGUUCGAUGCCAAGAACAUGAUGGCGGCCUGUGACCCUCGCCAUGGCCGUUACCUGACUGUCGCGGCGGUCUUCCGAGGAAGGAUGUCCAUGAAGGAGGUGGAUGAACAAAUGCUGAAUGUGCAGAACAAAAACAGCAGCUACUUCGUAGAGUGGAUCCCCAACAACGUGAAGACGGCCGUGUGUGACAUCCCGCCCCGUGGGCUCAAAAUGGCAGCCACCUUCAUCGGCAACAGCACCGCCAUCCAGGAGCUCUUCAAGCGCAUCUCAGAGCAGUUCACGGCUAUGUUCCGCCGCAAGGCCUUCCUCCACUGGUACACCGGGGAAGGCAUGGAUGAGAUGGAGUUCACAGAGGCUGAGAGCAACAUGAAUGAUUUAGUCUCGGAGUACCAGCAGUACCAAGAUGCUACUGCUGAGGAAGGUGAGUUCGAAGAGGAGGCGGAGGAAGAAGUCGCAUGAAGAGCUCUUCUCUGUACCCCCAUGACUCCUUUUUAUUCCCAGCAGUCUUCUGAACCAAUGGACGAUAUUCCUGCGCUGGCAUAGACUUGAACAUUCAAGGCCCACCUUAAAAGAUCAAGCCGUGUCAGCCUUUCCCUCCCAGCUGCCAACAUCAUAGUGUGAAACAAUCUGUAUGGGAUUGUUGGGGGUCGUGGGCAUCAAAGUCUCUGUUCAGGAAUGGCAGCGAGUGGUAAUAUGUCUAGUGAAAGCACCACAACCUCUUUUUCUCACUGGCUCUUGCCUUUUCUUCCCCUCUGCCUACUCUCGAAAGCAGCUUAUCUGCUGUGAUGUCUGUCUUUAGUGUACUGUACGGUCGUGUGAAAUUUUGUUUCCAAAAAUGAGUAUGCACUAACUUGUAACCUGCAUUUGUUCUACUUUUUUUUUUUUCAUCUAUGCCAGGCUUAAAGGAGAUUUUAAUGGAACUGGGAGGGAGGGUGGUUUGUGGGACUGGGACUCUGUCCUUUAGGGUAAAAUGUAGUCCCUUUUUGAGUGUUUGCGCUGUUAAAACAGCUGUAUGUCUCCGCAAUAAACUACUGAAUAUUGGUACAGACUAAUA